CGAGCUCAGCAGCAGUCGGUGUAGAGCUGCCGUCAUGUCUGGCAGAGGCAAGGGCGGGAAGGGGCUCGGCAAGGGGGGCGCCAAGCGCCACCGCAAGGUGCUGCGCGACAACAUCCAGGGCAUCACCAAGCCGGCCAUCCGCCGCCUGGCUCGGCGCGGCGGCGUCAAGCGCAUCUCGGGGCUCAUCUACGAGGAGACGCGCGGCGUUCUCAAGGUCUUCCUGGAGAACGUGAUCCGCGACGCCGUCACCUACACCGAGCACGCCAAGAGGAAGACGGUCACGGCCAUGGACGUGGUGUACGCUCUCAAGCGACAGGGGCGCACCCUCUACGGCUUCGGCGGCUAAAGCUUCUUGCCUCCCCUCAGACCAUCUCGAGAACCCAAAGGCUCUUCUAAGAGCCACCCAUUUCCUCUUAAGAAGAGCUGUAACACGUUCCAUGAAAGGCUAUCUGAAACGUCUACUAUUCGAUUUCCAAAACUUACCAAAACUGACGCUAUACUGUAGGACUAAAAGGCUUUAAGAUUGGAUAAGUGCAAACUAAUGUUUAUUCUUGCUGGUUUUUGCGAAGUUAUUUUGUGCGUGCAUGAGAUACGUGCUUUUUUCUUUGUGUAUUCCUUAAGCUCCCUUGCAAAUCUUGUACCUCACUAAAAAUUCCUUUAAGUGCCCUCUGUAAUCAAAAUAAUGUUGCUUUAUUUUUUUUUUUGAAAAAAAACCCAAUCUUCACCCAUUUAAGCAGAAUUGCCUGGAACGUUCAAUGUCUUGUACUUUAAAAUUUUCAUUUAACUGAGUUAACCACUGCAAGGACAGAAGGGAGACCCAGGGAAAAAUAUAAAAGUCUCCGAUAUGAAUAUUUUCUUUUGAACGUUUCUAA